AUGUUUAACCAUGAUUGGAAGUACUCCAUUAAUUCUAAGACUUUCGCCGAUUUAAACAUUGAAUUAUUUCGAAACCACAAGUUCAAAACUGUUUUAAAUUACAUAAUAGGUGUAGUUGGGUGGAAUGGAUUAAAACUCGCCCUUUUUGUUUCUGACAUUUACACAUGUAUCAAAUUGCUGGCAUUCAACUCCUGGUCAAACAACAUCAUCAAACCAUACUUACCCUUUAAAAUAUCCAAAUGGUUGUUUAGCGGUUGUAUUUUAGCAUCGAUUGUGCUAUUGAUAUGGGAGGCUAUAGCGGGAAUGAGGAUUUACAAAACGGGAAAUAUCUCUUUGACUUAUGUCAACAAUUUUUCCAGAAACCUAAAUUCAGUGCUCAAUUAUUCCAAGUUUUGUGUUUAUAAUAUGAUCGAACGAAAGGGUUUUCGACAGAAAAUGACAUUUUUUACUUUUUUUCAACUGAAAGAUUGUAUUAGAUUAAUCUUCACGGAUACCCCAAGGCAAGUUAUUAAUGGUCUUACGCUGUGGUCAGUUCUCGUAACAGUAAAUAAAAACGAGGAUCUAGGCGAUCUGGAAUCAUUUACCGGUUUGAUCAACAAAAUAAAGAACAUUGGCCAGACCAAUCAUGAAGAAGCAGUGAUAUUGUCGCUGAUGCUAUUUUCCUUUAUAAUCUGGGCAUUAUUUGUCUUCAAGUUUCUGCUUGCUGUCAUUUGCUCGAUUUUUGUUUAUUAUAAAAUAAUCAAUGAUCAGGAAUAUAGCGGGUUGCGUGAGUACAUUUGUGUUACCGUCAGCGAAAAUGUUGAUGAACUUGUUGAAAGACAAAGGAAAAAGGAAAAUGAUGACACGAUUUAUAAGACAGGUCUUCUCGAAUCUCAGACUUUUGACGAUUUUAAAGAAGUUGAAAAUAAAAUUGAAACAUCUUUUAAUGAUACGUCAUAUGCUUCUAAUAAUGAUUCUAUGAUUGAGCUAAUAGAGAGAAGACCCGAAUACAAAAGUCAGGAUGUAUGUGGGCCCAUUCCCACAAUGAAGAAAACGGAAACAAUGGAAUCGUUCGUUGACAAUGGCAAUCCACAAUAUACCACUAGAUUCUCUGCGAUUCUAGAUUCACCAUAUAUCAACAGCUAUGAAAGUAAUGAUAUAAAGAAAGCAAAAAUACAAAGCAGAAGCGUAAAUACUCCAAAAUAUGAGGAUUUGUCUUCUUCUGACAUUUUCAACAAAAUACACUCUGCUGGACAAUUAAAAUCUACAACUUCUAUGGAGUUUCACGGGCCAUUAGAUUCUAUGCCAAAUACAACAAACAACAUCCGUAAUUUUAAUAGCAACAGUAGUAGACCUAGACCACCUCCUUUACAGACAAAAAGUUCGAUUAAUUCAAAAGCUGACUCGAAUGAUAAUGGAAGGAUUUAUACACCAAUGAAAGCGUACUUCAGGGAGCCUGAUCUUCCGAGGAAGGGUUUGCUGGAAGAUGAAGAUCGUACAUAUAAUUAUACUUAA